AUGGCACCAAAACCCAAUAAUGCCAAUACUCUGUGCUUUGCUAUAUCUAAAAUUUACUUGAAAUAUGUUUCCACCUCUGCAUAUUUUGAGACUCGUGGCAUUCCAUUACAUGGGUUUGAGCCUAUUCGUGUACUUAGAAACACAUAUCAUGGAAUUGGUCUGAGUGAAGAUACUUUAGAGAAAUAUAGGCAAGUUAAGGCCAAGGGUGCAAAAAUAGGCGCUAGUGUGGAUUUUAGCCAGAAAGCGUACCUAGUCUGUGAUCCCGUCAUUUUGAAACACAUCAUGGUUAAGGACUUCAACCACUUUAUGGAUCGCCAGCUUUUUGAGGUGCACAAAGAGGACUUUCUCUUACAAAAAAUGUUGUUGGUAUUGACAGGUCGACCAUGGAAAUAUGUGAGAACAAAAUUAAACCCUGCAUUUUCUUCUAGAAGCAUACGUCGACUUUUCCAAGCUUUUGAUGACUCUGGCAAAAAAUUUGUCGAAUUUCUUGAGAAAACCCCGAAAAAUGGGGGAGAGCUGGAUUUAACAAUCGCUAUCGACAAAUUUUUAACGCAUGUAUUUGGAAGCGCUACUUAUGGCAUUGACAGCAAAGCCUUUGACCAAGAAGGACCAUCAGAAUUUCAACACCACGGAAAAGACGCCUACAUACAUUUCCACGGACUAAAGGGUAUUAAAAUCUUCCUUCUUGCUGCCCUUCCAAAACUGGGGUAUAAAUUAGGCUUGACCUUUCUCGGCCGGGAUAACCAAACAUAUUUCAACAACGUAUUUCAAUCAGCCGUAAAAGAUCGUUUGCAAUCCAACACUAGCGGAGAAGAUUUCGUGCAACUCAUUCUCGAAGGUAAGGAGGCCACAAAUUUGGAAAAAAGUGAGGACGAAGACGACGAAGAGUCCAAUACGUCGUACAAGAAACAGCUUGCACUCGAAAAUCACGAGGUUUUUGACGACGAAGGCAUCGCCACAAAUUGCCUACAAUUUAUGCUUGCAGGAUUUGAAGGAAGUCAGAGCUUACUGCUAUUUUCCGUCUAUGCGUUAGCCCUCAACCAAGACAUUCAGACAAAGUUAAGGCAAGAAGUACUGGCUGGACUUGAGCAGGACGGAGGCGAAUUUACAUUUCAAACCGUUAAUGGGAUGGAAUAUUUGGAAAUGUUUGUAAAGGAAGCGAUGCGUUACUAUUCAAGCGCUGGUGUCACGGCUCGUUCAUGCGUUAUGGACUACACUUUCCCUGGGACCAAUAUUACAAUUAAGAAGGGCGAAGGAAUAUUAAUCCCAAUAAUUGGAUUGCAUCACGACCCAGAGUACUUUCCAAACCCGGAAAAGUUUUCGCCAGAGCGUUUUUCCAAAGAGAAUAAGCCUAACCUCGUUCCAAACACUUUUAUGCCUUUUGGUGGAGGGCCGAGAGAUUGCAUCGGUCGACGAUUUGCCGUUAUCGAAGUGAAAGUCGCUCUCUGUCACUUGGUGAAGAACUUUGAACUCGUCCCAUCAAAGCGAACUCUGAUUCCGCUCCAGUUUUCAGACGGACUUCAGAGAAAGCCGAAGGGAGGCAUGUUUCUCGCUCUGAAUAAAAUAAACUAAAGAGGAAUUAAAUAAAAUUAAUUUGCUUUUGAAUUUCUUCUGUAAAUUCGUAAAUUCUGUAAUUCAAGAAAAUAGUUCUCGGGAAGCAUUAAUAAAGAUAUUUGCAAUAACAUUUUAUUCUUUGAGAUUAGUUAAUUGUAAU